CCCACACAGAGGGAUAAGUGUUCACUAUAAACAAGGAGAACCAUAGCACAUGUUCUUUGUGAAAGUUGCUUUCAUUAUUAUUAAUUUCCUCUGGUUUCCUUUUUCUUUCAAUGGCCAUCUGAGUUAGCCGCAGAACAUUUAUCCAAUUUUCCAUGAAAGAUUCUUGUUUUGUCCCUAAACAUCAUGUCAUUAAUAUAAAGCAUUCUCACCCAUUUCUCGGCAAUGUCGCCUUUACCUGGAAUGUUGCAGGAUAAGCUCAGAACAGGUUACACCAGUAACUGCUUCUCAAAAGCGACACGCAGUAGUGCUUACGCUCAGUACGUAUAGACAUGUCUCAAAGCAAACCUGAGGAGCGUCUAGCUUUGGAGUUGAGCUGUGCCAUCUGUUUGCAGCUGUACCGUGAUCCCGUGACCCUUCCUUGUGGACACAAUUAUUGCUUGGGUUGUAUACAAAAUGCUGCCAGUGCAGAAGAUCCCAAGUCGCCAAAACGAUGCCCUGAAUGCAGGGAAGAGUACGGCAGCACGGAGACGCUUCCCAAGAACUUCAAGCUUAGCAGCAUCGUCGACGGGUUCCUGGUGGCCACGACAGGUGGCGGACUGAGAGGAGGCCCUACGAUGCCAUGUGACCAGUGUCUGGACAACCCUGUCGCUGCGGUGAAGUUCUGCACACGCUGUGAGAUGUCACUGUGCCCCGGACAUCUCAAAAAACAUGAGGAUCAGUACCGCUCGCUGCACGUCUUAGUGGAGCUGCCCGCGGAACGGGAUGGGAAGAGGUGCCCGGUGCACCUGAAGGUGACGGAGUAUCUGUGUGCGCAGGAGCGCCUGUUCCUCUGCUCCGAGUGCUUGAUGGAGGGCACUCACCAGCACCAUGAGGUGCAGACCUUUGAGGUGGCCAAAGAGGAAAUGAAGAGAGUUCUUGAGGAACUGGGGAGGUCUGUGUCUGACAAGCUACAGAUUACAGAAGCUCUGGUGAAAAGUGCCAGUGAAGGUCCUACAGACAAGGCCGAAGAUAAACUGGUGGCCAGAGCAAACAUACUGCUAGACAACAUGAGUACCCUUAUAAGUACAUACAAGAGUCGCAUGAGUACUAUGAUGAACGACGAGCUCCAUUCGCGGGACAAAGGCUGGCAGGCCAAUCUAUGUGACUUGGAGGGUUGUCUACACCAGCUGCAGGAGGCCCAAAAGUGCACCGGUGAGGUUCUCUCUCAAUCCUCAGAGUUUCUCUUCAUCCAGAACUACCUCAACGUCGAAGCAAGGGUCCGCCAGGCCGCUAACGUCACCAUUCCUGCUCUACCUUCCCAAGAGUCUUCCAAUGCCAAGCAACUGCGCUCGAGCCUACGUACAGACGCCUUCCAUGCCGAGAUGAGUCUUCUGUUGGAGUACCUCCACGGCAUGAUGAACCCUCUAGACCUGACCUUCAACGCAGCCACGGCUCAUCCUAGCCUUCUGCUGUCCAGCGAUCUCAAAACAGUCAAGCAGUGUGCCGGAGUUAAGAGCAGCACCGCUGGAGAUCAGAGCGAGCGCUUCUCCACGGCCACUCAGGUCAUGUGCUCCCAGGGUUUCUCCACGGGAGUUCACAUGUGGGCAGUGGAGGUCGGUCCUGGGUGCACGUGGUCUCUGGGACUGUGCUACAAAAGCAUCCCACAUAAAGGUGACCACAGCAGGCUGGGGCAUAACACCAGUUCCUGGAGGCUGCAGUGGAAAAGCAAGAAGCUGACAGCGUGCUUUGACUCGGCUAAUGUGGUUGUAGGUGAAGGGCUGGUCAUGCCGCCAAAGAAGGUGGAAGUGACCCUGGAUUACGAAGGAGGAACUAUUGCAUUCCACAGCUCAGGUCAGGGAGGGAGAAGGCAGCACCUUCAUACAUUCAGUGCCAUGUUCAAGGACACAGUAUAUCCUGCGUUCGCCAUUCAUUCUUCUUCUGAGGAAUCAUGGAUAACUCUUCUGAGUGGAGUUUGACUGAAUCAGCAUGCUUUCAUUUUCACUCUCGCUUCAGUCUCUUGCUCCAUUCUUUAUGCAUUAUUAUGCAUCUAUCUGCACUUGGAAAGAAACGCCCUGGCACAGUUCAGGAAUGUCAUGGACAUUUUAUUUACUACAGAAAACGAGUUGGCAGUUCUUGAUGUACAGUAAAAAUGCUGGUAUGAUAAUAAUAAUUCAUAUGUGUUGCAACCACAAUUAGAAAUUAAACAGUGAAUGAUUUGUUUGUAACACUAACUGGCAUGCACGUAAAAAGAGAAGAAACUGAACAGAUUUUGUUUAAAUACUUUGAAGUCUUAGUUUCUUUUGCCAUAAAUAAGAUGAGACUUUUAUGUAAGUGUACGUAAUGUAUUUUAUAUCCAGAGGUCAGAUCUUUCUGUCUCUGAGAAAUAAUCAAAUAAAGAAAGAGAGCAUGAA